GUCAGCAGCUGUACUGACUAGUAGAGCGAGAGGAGGAGGAGGAGGAGAGCUGUGGUCAUGGACUCUGGAUUAUGGACUCUGGAGCUGCUAGGUGUGUUUUUCUCGCUGACCGCCUGCUUGUGUUCGCUGGUCACCCUCAUGAUGCCGCGGUGGCUCACGCUCUCCACCGAGCUCCUGCCCACCGAGAGCUUCCAGCUGGGACUGUGGGAAACCUGCGUGGUUCAGGAUCUCGGGGUGACCGAGUGCCGGCCGUACGACAGUCUGCUGGGUCUCCCGUCGGACAUCCGGCUGGCCCGAAUCCUGAUGUGCGCCACGCUGGGGACGGGUUUAAUCGGUCUGUUAUUCGCCAUCCCCGGCAUCUACCUGGUGAACAGCUGCAGACGCACGGAGAGCUUUGAAGCCAAAAGGACCUUGAAGAUGCUCGGCGGGAUCUUCAGCGUCGUCACGGGCGUCCUCGGUCUCGUGCCCGUCUCGUAUGUGGCGCAUCUGACGGUCCUGCGGUUCUUCGACGAGAGCGUGCCAAGCGUGGUUCCUCGCUGGGAGUUCGGAGAUGCGCUUUUCUUCGGCUGGACGGCGGGGGGGUUGCAUUUGGCGGCUGGUUUCUUGUUGGUCAUUUCGUGCUUGUUUUUGCAAGACGAAACAUUUUCGCUUCACCAAUCUAUAGCGCUAAACAGAGCUCGUCCAGAACAAUCUCCACGCAGGAGGACAGAAUAUGUGUGAGAUUAUUGAUAAACACAGUUUUGCUUCUACUAAUGUUUUGCGUUUUGCACCGAAAUGAUCAGAUAUAUUCAAAGACUGUAAAUAUAAUGCUGCUGUUUAGACUUCAUUUUGAUUACAAAUCAUUUUUGUGAAUCAUUUUAUAAGCUCAAACCCAAAUCUGCACGUGAAUGUGAUUCUAAUGAAAACACACACUUCAGUUUACUAAUUGUGAAAAUUAUGCAAACUUUCUGAGAAAGUGCAACUUUUAUGACUACGAGGUCAUUUAUGAGAGACAAUUUUAUGCUAAUUAUCCAAAUGUUACUGGAAAACCAGAUGCAAGUGCGUUUUUAUAUUUAAACAGAGAGUGAUUGAAUGAGAGAAAGAUGUUAUUAUUUUACCUUGCGUUCUCUGAAAUGUCCAAAAGUUGUACCAAAGUUGAUGAUCAGUCAAUAAAUC